UCAACCAACUUCUUCCCUCCACAUUCUGUUGAACCACACACACAAGCUCAAACAGAUCCUACUCCCCUGUUUCACAUGACCUCAUCUCCUCGUCUCAUCAUGCUCAAAUUCCCAAAAUUCCAAGAAACCAAACACCUCCCCAUUUCUCACCAUCUCAACCACACUCUCUCACCAAAUCUCACACCUCAAGAGACGAACAAUCCAUCACCUGAUUUUACCCAAGACCCAGCAAAACUCAUAGCUACCCACUUGUCAAAUUGCACGAAUUUAUCAGCAUUGACUCAAAUACACGCCCAUAUAAUCCGAACCCACAUGCUAGAACUCUAUCCUCUUCCGAUUCACUGGAACCACAUUAUGAGAUCCUAUACGAGGCUAGAGUUGCCUUCAAAAGCACUGUUUUUGUUCAUUACCAUGUCGAAAGCCGGCGUAUUAAUAGAUUGUUACACACUACCCAUUGUGUUAAAGGCUCUGACCCGAGUUUCCGAUGUGAAAUUGGGUUUGCAGGUUCAUUCUGUUGCUAUAAAGCACGGUCUUGGGGCACAUGAGUUUUGUGAGAGUGGGUUUAUCAAUUUUUAUUCGAAAAGAGGGGAAUUUGAGAAUGCGAGUAAGGUGUUUGAGGAAAAUCCUGAAAGAAAGUUGGGUUCCUGGAAUGCUGUGAUAGGAGGGUUGUCACAAGGUGGUCACGCCAAGGAGGCGAUUACCAUGUUUAUGGAGCUCAAGAAAAGUGGACUUAGACCGAAUGAGGUCACGAUGGUUACGGUUACUUCAGCUUGUGCAAGCCUAGGAGACUUGAAUUUAGCUCUUCAGUUACAUAAAUGUGUGUUCCAAGCAAGGAGCUUUGAAAAACCCGAUAUUGUGAUGUUGAAUUCACUUCUAGACGUGUAUGGUAAAUGUGGUCGGAUGGAUUUGGCGAAUAGGGUGUUUUCAAGGAUGAAACAACGAAAUGUUUCCUCGUGGACAUCCAUGAUUGUGGGUUACGCAAUGCAUGGUCACGUGAUCAAGGCGCUUGAUUGCUUUCGUUGUAUGAGAAAAGACGGAGUGAGGCCCAACAGUGUGACUUUUGUCGGGGUCCUGAGUGCGUGUGUGCAUGGCGGGAUGGUGCAAGAUGGAAAGCGUUAUUUCAGGAUGAUGGAGAGUGAAUACGGAAUCAUGCCCAAGUUGCGUCAUUACGGGUGCAUGGUGGAUUUGCUUGGUCGAGCGGGGUUGCUUGAGGAGGCCAGAGAGAUGGUGGAGGGUAUGCCAAUGGAAGCAAAUGUUGUGAUUUGGGGGUGUUUGAUGGGUGCCUGUGAGAAAUAUGGCAAUGUCAAAAUGGGUGAGUGGGUGUGUAAGCAUUUUCUAGAACUAGAACCUUGGAAUGAUGGGGUGUAUGUGGUUCUGUCCAAUAUAUAUGCCAGUAAAGGUUUGUGGGAAGAGGCUGGGAGGGUGAGAAGCAUUAUGAAGGAAAGAAGACUUGCUAAGGUUCCUGCAUAUAGCUUGGCUUCAAAUUCUUCACAUGAAUCUACAAGUUUUAAUGUGUUGUGACAUUCUUUUCUUCUUUUUCUUCACCAAUACGUUCUCCCGACUAUAAUCGAAUGCAAAAUAGACCUGCCACAACUGAAGAACUUUCCAAUGAUCAGUUUUUUUGGAUGAAAUCAACAGAAAAAUAAUCAUGUCUUAUUCAAACGAAAGACGGAAUUACAGUCCAGAAAAUAGUCAAUUUUGGUUCAGUAGCUCGAAGAGCUUCUUUCAUCUGCUCUACCAUGCUUUGCAGAGCAGAAUCAUAAAAAGAAACGAAGUCCUCCGGUCUCCAUCCCUCAACUGGAUUCACAACAAAUGACCAAACAAGUCCUCUGAUCCCUCUCCCUCAGUUCUCUCAAAAGGCGACAAUUUCAUUGUUGUCACGAACGAGUUGAAACCAUAUUGUCAUCCACAAUCGCAUAGAUCAAGAACCGGUCAGCCAGCCAAUUUCCACCAACUUUCUCAAAGCGUCUUUUGUAAUUCUCUUUCCUGAACAAUCUGGGAAGCUUGACGUGGCUGCACAGUGAAGGAUGCAUCCCACACGACCUGAUUUUAAUUCAGCUCCACAACAAUUUUCUAUUCCUGAGAUCCACUUGUAGCUGCUGAAGAAGUCCUCCAAAAUAGGCCAUUUUUGGUUACACGGGAACCCUGCCCUCACUUCUUUUCACUUUCUGCGGGCAUGAAUGGAUGAUUGUGUUAACAACGAGUGCAGCUAUAAGUUCAGAUCAGCUUCCUCUAGCUAUAAAGCUCGAAUAUCCUAAUCCACUACUGGAUUGGAAAAAAAACAUCCUUUAUUCGUCAAUCGUGUGAUGACGCAUCUUCUGAAACUAAUGUGGGAAUUCUUUUACGGAGUAGUUAAUUAGUUGUGGAGGUACUAAGUGACCAAAAUUUCUUCAAAAUGUUUAGUUUCUAAAGUACUUCAGACAAUUUGAGAUUCAUUUUC